AAACAGGUGUUUUGUCGAUUUUGAACUUAAGAUAUUUUACAGGGAAGUUAACGUUAAUGUAAAAUAGUGCUUACGUCAAUAAUGUAUCUAUUUGUUAUUACAUGAAAUUCACAUUUUGAGAAAAUGAAUUAUUUUAAAAGCUUUUCAUAUAUUUUAUUGUGUUACAAUGUUUUUACUUUAAAGGUUAACAGGAAAAUCUCUUAUGACGUGGUGGAAAAAUUGAAAAACAUUUUUUCUGAAAAUGACGUUCAUUGGAAACAGAUAGGUGCAUACAACACUGUUUUGGUCAAUGGAGAAUUCAUAAAGUUGGAAGAAUAUUUAAAAAAUAGUAAAACAAGUCUAGAUUUAAUUUUAAAAGAUGAGACAAAUGAUAUUACUAAUUCUUUUGUUAAGACAUUUUUUGAUAUUUCAAAUACAUUCUAUACAUUUUUGAAAUGUAAGUAUUCCUUUUUAGUUGCUAAAUUACUCAAAUUUAUUAAUACAUGUAUUAGCUCAUAUAAAAUGUUCGAAAAACCAAUCCACACACAAAUAAUUAGAAAAUUUAUUAAUUUACUCUUGAAAAAAUUUAAAAAGAUGAAAUUACAUUUUUCAAAAGCUAUUUUCAGAUUAUUUUAUCUUAAUGACCUCUCCGAAAAUCUCAAAUCCAGUGAUCAAACAUUGUUAAUAUCACUAUUGACCAUAAAUACAUUUUUGUGUAAGAAAGAAAAUAAAGUUUCUGAAAUUGUAAAUUUUAAAAUUAAAAAUGUUGAAACACCAACAGGAGAAUCUAUAUUUAUUGAUGAUGAGGAUCGAGAUUUUUUUAAAUUAGUUAAUCAAUUAAUUUAUUCAUUAGAAAACUUUUUAAGUACAAAUUGCAUUUAUGAAUUUGCUAUUUUGGAUCAUUAUGUAUAUGAUAUAUAUAAUAAUAUUAUUGAAAUAAAAGAAUAUUCGAGUAUUGAAAAAGAAUCAGAAAAAUCCGAAAAAUCCAAACAAUCCGAAAAGUCCGAAGAAUGCGAAAAAUCCGAAAAAUCAGAAGAAUCCGAACAAUCCGAACAGUCCAAACAAUCUGAAGAAUCCGAAGAAUCCGAAGAAUCCAAAGAAUCCGAAGAACCCAAAAACUUCAAUAAAUUCGAAGUAUCCGAAAAACUCAAAAAUUUCGAAAAGUUCUUAUCAGAUAACUUUAAUAAAUGGUUUGAGCGUUUAGAGAAAUUAAAACUUGAGGAUGCUGUGUUCCCUGAUAAUUUAGAGAAAAUAUAUGAUUCACAAUAUUUGUUACUUAAAGAAGUUUUUGGUAAUAAAAGUGAUUUAAAAUUUCCACCUAUGCAAUUUGGAAUGAAAACGAAAAAAUAUACAACUGAAAUUAUUGAAGACGUAGAAAAAAGUUAUGACAUGAGGCAAGUAUUAAAAUAUCAAAUUUAUUUAGUUGAAUUCAUUGUGAGCAUUUUUAUUGUCAAAAUUCGACAUAUAAUAUUACCUAUUCAAAAUAUUCAUAAUGAAAAAGAAACCUUUGAUGAACUUAAACUAUUAGUUAAUUGUUUUGUUGCCUACACUGAUAAAUUUAUACCUAAAAAUUAUCCACCGAUUUUGUUACGGUUCAUAAGUGAAUUAAAAAAUACAUUACUUACGGAUCUUAAGCAACCCAAAGAAGUAUUAUUAUUAUCAAAAGAAACGAUAAAAUUAUUAAUGCUCGAUUCAAAUAUUGUGACGGAAUCACAAAAUAAUAUUGAUAACCUCGAUUUUUAUUUGAGUAUAUCAAUGUCAAAUUUGAUUGAAAAAAUCCAAAAGUUUCAUUACUUUGAUUCAUUUAAAAAAAUAUUUGAAAUUCUUUUGCAAGAAUCGGAUACAACUGAUCAUUUGUAUUCUAUACAGACUGAUGAUCGCAAAGACGCAAAAGUUUUCUUGAGUAAUCUUGAAAUUGAAGCAGAUUUAUGUUCGCUCUUAUCAAAUACACGGAAAAAUUUGUUAUUGCUGUGGUCAUUUUUAAACGGAAUAGAUCACAGCAAAUAUUUCAAAUUUACAAAUAGUAACAAUAAUUUAUUGUACCCUUUGAGUCCUAAAAAAAAUAUUAAAAAGAAAACACUUCAAGAAUACUUAAUACCGUCUUUUGAUAACAUCUUUUUAUACAUGGCUCACGUUUAUAAAAAUACAAAUGAUUUACGAUUCAGGAUGAUUUUGUUGCCGAUAUUGGUUCAUUUUAAAAACACUGAAUGGAUAUUGUAUAAAGAAAAUAAAAAAAAAAUAAGUAAAAAAAUCACUUCAAUACAACGAACUCUAAUUUUGGCUGCAAACUCACUACAAUACUAUGAAGUAAAUAAAUGUAAGGUUGCAGAACUUAAUAAAAGUAUUUCUAGAAAAUUCGACAUAAAAUUAGACAAAUUGAACAAUUUACAUUUACAAAUAUUAUUAAAAACAAAAAUAUAUAAAUACGACAAAAAUGAAAUCCUUGAAUACAUCAAUGGUGUUAUAGAUACAAACACGUUUAGUGAUAUUUUAGAUGUUACAAACAAAAAGUAUUUGACUGGUGUUCAAUUUGUUCACCGUGGUCUUCUGAUGGAUAUUUUAAACUUAAGUCAAGAUAUUGCACUAAAUAUUAUUAGUUAUCAACAUGUAUUUAAAUUCAAAACACUUAUAUUACAUUAUCUUGUUGUAAAAAUAUAUACUAAACUCGAGUACACUUUUCAAUUUCCUAUACGCUUAACCAAGUACAGAAUAAUGGCAAUACGAAAAUAUUUAAAAGAACUUAAUAAUAUUGAACACACAUCACCUCUAUUGUUGGAUUUACAGGAUACUUGUCAAUCAUAUUUGAAUAUAUUUGAAAAUAUUUCUGAGAAGAACAUUAAAUUAUUUCAAAACCAAAUCAACGACCAAAUAAAAGCAUAUGGUGUAAUUGAGUUCAACAUAAAUUAUAAAUUUAAGUCAUUCAACGAUUAUUACGCGUCGUUAAAAAAUGAUAUUGAAACGUUUAAAAAGUAUUUAAAGGAUACACCACGCAAUAAACUAUUGAAUUUUGAAAACAGUUUGGUGUCGUUUCUAUUUAAAAGAAAUAUAUUAGUCUAAGUAAGUCUAACUUAAAUUAGUGGUAAUAAUAUUAGCUUAUUAUAAACAAUAUACUGUCAAAUCGUGAAGAGUUUUACCUAUAAAUUAUUUCUAAUUAAUUUUUAUAUGAACGGCGGGCGGCGCUGAAACACAAUGUUUUUGUGUUAAAUGUCACCUAAAUAAUUAAAUUAAUUUUUCUAUGUUAUUAAAAUAUGAUAGGUACCAUUAUAUUAUAUGAUAAUAGUUUUUAUUUGUAUUGAUAUUCAUGAAUUACCUAUAAUACAGUGUAAUGUUAUUUUUUUUUUAGUAAAUACACAAUAACUAAUUUUAUUUUAAAA